AUGGAGCACCAUAGGCUGAAGCUUCAACUACUUCAUGAGAAGGUUAUUCUGCUAUACCUGAAAGACCCCGUUGCCCUAGCUAAAGCUCUUGCUACUCAAGCUGUAAAUUUCUCUGCUGUAGAUGAAGGAUCUGCUAUAACUCCACCAAAAAACUUUCUAUCGAAGCUACCACUACCAGUACUAGUAUACUCACUAACGUUUAUCGAUAUGCCGGAACUGCUCACGUACAUGCGUCAGAACUACAUAAGAUGGAAGGAGCUGGACGAACAGGGUCACACGACGUUGGCGGACAUACAAAAGUUGCAGAGCACCGUGUUGAUGUCGCCUAUGUUUCCCCCCAAGCCGUCCUCCAAGUCAGACUGAUCGAAGCUUACCCGUCACAGUUUGGACAACAGUGACUUAAGACAUUAUUUUUACUCAAGACACUGAAUAUAACCUGAAGAGAGCGCAUAUCGUGUUUUUUCAAGUAACUGAACAAAUUCUUUAUAAAUGUACCUUCCUAAAGAUACAGAGCGAGGAAGAAUGAAGAAGAAGCUUGUCAUUUGUUUUUUUCGCUCUGUACACUGUAUAUUUUGAACUAUUUUCUAUGCAUGCUGGUCGUGCAUACAAUGUUGAUUUUUCUUAAAUUAUUGUUUUAAUAUAUAUUUUAAUUAUUAUGGAUAAUUCGUGUUCUUACUGUUUUAUAUUUAUAGAUCUAAUGUAUAUGAAGAAAUGUGAAUGUAUGUCCAUGUAUAAUAAAAAGAUGUUUUCUA